AUGGGUUCAGUGACAGAGAUGCCGGAUUAUGAGAUUCCUACUCACUGUAAGGCUGGCGUGGUCGUCAAUGAAGGACCAGAUUUCCAUGUCGAGGUGCAAAUGGUGCCAGUCCCUGAGCCAGGACCUGAUGACAUCUUGUUGCGAUUGAACUUCACGGGCCUUUGCUCGUCCGACAUCCACAUGAUGCAAGGUGAUCUAGGUACGCCACCUAUGUCAACUUUUGGGGUUCGAUCACCGGGUCAUGAAGGUGCGGGAGUCGUUGUCAAAGUUGGUGCCAAUGUGAAGACCUUCAAGCUGGGUGACAGAGCUGGUAUCAAACCUCUCACAGACACAUGUCAUGCCUGCCAUCUGUGCUGGGACGACAAGGAGUGUUACUGCAAAAAGGCUAUUCACACCGGACUCAUGACUGCUGGAACCUACCAGCAGUAUCUUGUCUCCCCUGCCCGGUACGCGUCUCCAAUUCCCGAUGGAGUGCCCGAUGAGAUUGCCGCCCCUAUAAUGUGCAGCGCAAGCACAAUCUACCGAUCGAUCGUUGAAUCCAAUCUCAAGGCUGGCUCUUGGGUAUGUUUCCCGGGUGGUGGAGGUGGUGUUGGAAUACAGGGCGUGCAGCUAGCCAAGGCCUUUGGGAUGCGCCCUAUCGUGGUUGAUACUGGGGCCGAUAAACGCAAGUUGGCGAUCGAGAUGGGAGCUGAAGCCUUUGUUGAUUUUCAGGAGUCAGAGGACCCUUCCCAGUCUGUAAUUGAUAUUGCAGAUGGUGUUGGAGUCCAUGGCGUAUUCGUCACUGCUCCGGCCGCAUACAAAACUGCUACCUCCUACGUCGGAGAUCGAGUCGGGUCCAUAGUGAUGUGUAUUGGAUUACCGCCAAAGGGGUCGAUGAUCCUUGGGACCGACCCUUGUGAGUACAUAUUCAAGAACCUCAGCAUCAAGGGGACCUUGGUGGGCAGCCGCCGUGACACGGCAGCUGCUCUAGAUUUUGCCAGAAGAGGCAUGCUUCGCCAAAUCAGCGAAGUCUACCCCAUAAACCGAUUGCCCGAAGCCGUGGAAAAAUUGCGCCGAGGACAAGUUGCCGGUCGCAUUGUGAUCAAUUUCAACUGGGAAGAGUAA